AUGAAUCGAUUGAAAUGCAAAAUAUCAACAGAAAUCAUAAUCAUACUAUUCCUAACGUUGACGAAAAAAGAAUUCACACUUUUUUUAGACGUGGCACAUUUAAGACAAAAGAUAAUAAAAAAAACAGAAACGGAUAAGAACACGUCGGACAUGUCAGAACUCUUAUCUAUCCAAAAAUCCAAGUCAUCAUCACGUAAAGCGUUUGCUCACCCACCAGAGGAGCUCAACAGUCCGGCGUCUCAUUUCUCCGGCAAAAACCCUAAACUUCCCGGAGAAACUCUCUCCGACUUCCUCUCUCGCCACCAAGACGCCGCUUUCUCCAUGAACUUCGGCGACUCCGCCGUCCUAGCUUACGCCCGCCCCGACGGCUCUCUUCGCCAGAGGUUGUUCUGUGGAGUAGACGGGAUCUACUGUAUGUUUCUUGGGAGGUUAAACAAUCUCUGCACACUGAACCGGCAAUACGGUUUAACGGGGAAGAACACGAACGAGGCGAUGUUUGUGAUCGAAGCUUACCGAACACUCCGUGACCGUGGUCCUUACCCGGCCGAUCAAGUCCUUAGAGGUCUCGACGGAAGCUUCGCCUUCGUCGUCUACGACACCCAAACCUCCUCUGUUUUCUCAGCUCUGAGCUCCGAUGGAAGAGAGAGUCUUUACUGGGGAAUUUCCGGCGACGGAUCUGUUGUGAUGUCAGAUGAUCUUCAGAUCAUAAAACAAGGAUGUGCUAAAUCAUUUGCUCCUUUCCCCACUGGUUGUAUGUUUCACAGUGAGACAGGGCUUAAGAGCUUUGAACAUCCGACUAACAAGAUGAAGGCGAUGACGAGGAUUGAUAGUGAAGGUGUGAUUUGUGGAGCUAAUUUCAAAGUGGAUGCUUGUUCUAAGAUCAAUGGCAUUCCCAGAAGAGGAAGUGAGGCUAAUUGGGCUCUGGCCAAUUCUCGUUCUUGAAUUCUUCUUUGUUUUUGUUGCGUUUCUUUUACAUUACUCUUCUUUUUAUGUAAAUAGAGCCUUUGAUCCUCCUAUAUCAAUAAAGAUUCUAAAUUUGCUUUUUGCUUCUACUUUUGCUGAUAUUGAAUAUGAACUCUUUGCAAGUGAAAGCAAAAAAAUCUCACCUUUUAG